CUUCCAUAAAGGCGCUGGUGCAGGUGCUCUGUCUCUUCGGGGGAGGAUGCCAUAGGAAGGACGGGCAGGGGAAAAAAAUGAAGGAAAACGCUGAGAGAGGAGAGCACAGGAUGUGAUAAGCAGGGUAUCAGACUGGAAACGGAGGAAAUUGAAUAUGAAAGAUUUAUUGAAAGGGGCACUUUGAGCUAUUAUUCCUGGUUGGCAAUAGUACUAUGAUUUGGUAUGUGGCCACUUUGAUAGCAAGUGUUUUCAGCACCCGAGGAACGGCAGCUCAAGGUGCCCACGGAGUGAGAGAGGAGCCCCAGUUUGUGACGGCCCGUGCAGGAGAGAGUGUUGUUUUGGGAUGUGACGUGAGCCACCCCCUAAACGGCCAGCAGACUCCCUAUGUGGUGGAGUGGUUCAAAUACGGUGUGCCUAUCCCCUUCUUCAUUAACUUCCGUUUCUAUCCUCCUCAUGUGGACCCUGAGUACGCCGGUAGAGCCAGUCUGCAUGGCAAAGCGUCUCUGCAGAUCGACCAGGUGCGCUCAGAAGACCAGGGCUGGUACGAGUGCAGGGUCCUCAUGCUGGAGCAACAAUACGACACCUUCCACAACGGCAGCUGGGUUCACCUCACAGUCAACGCGCCCCCUACGUUCACGGACACGCCACCGCAGUACGUGGAGGCGAGGGAGGGUGGCAGCAUUACUCUGACCUGCACUGCCUUCGGAAACCCCAAGCCGGUGGUCACCUGGCUGAGAGAGGGGGAUCAGCUGACCAGCAACAAGAAAUACACGGUGAGUGACGGUAGUCUGACGGUGCAGGCCAUCACGCGGGAGGACCGGGGGGCCUACAGCUGCCAUGCUCACAGUGACCAGGGGGAGGCGCUAUAUACCACCCGCCUUCUGGUGCAAGGUCCUCCAUACAUCGUGUCACCACCUGAGAACAUCACUGUUAACAUAUCCCAGAAUGCCCAAUUUACGUGCCAAGCAGAGGCGUAUCCUGGCAACCUGACCUAUACCUGGUACUGGGAGGAGGACAACGUCUACUUCAAGAAUGAUCUGAAGCUCCGUGUUCGCAUCUUUAUUGACGGAACCCUCAUUAUCUACAGAGUGAAGCCAGAGGAUGCUGGGAAAUACACUUGCAGCCCAAGUAACAGCCUGGGCAUCUCCCCCUCUGCUUCAGCUUACCUGACCCUGCAAUACCCUGCCCGUGUUGUGAACAUGCCACCUGUCAUCUACGUCCCAAGAAAGUUGCCAGGAAUUAUUCGCUGCCCAGUGGAUGCCAACCCCCCAGUUACGUCAGUCAGAUGGGAGAAAGAUGGCUACCCCCUCAGAAUCGAGAAGUAUCCUGGAUGGAGUCAGAUGGCAGACGGAAGCAUUCGGGUGGCAGAGGUCACUGAAGACUCCCUUGGCACCUACACCUGUGUGCCUUACAAUGUCCUAGGUACCAUGGGACAGUCCCCUCCGGCCACUCUGGUGCUAAAGGACCCCCCUUACUUCAACGUGAGGCCCGGGGGGGAGUACCGUCAGGAGGCGGGAAGAGAGCUGGUCAUCCCCUGCGCUGCUUCUGGAGACCCUGAGAUUCCAACCAUCGUAUGGAGAAAGGUCGGGAAGCCCAGCAGAAGCAAACAUAACAUCUUACCAAGUGGUAGCUUGCAAUUUGUGUCUCUAAGCAAAGAGGAUCAUGGGGAGUGGGAAUGUGUUGCCACCAAUGUAGUAACAAGCAUCACUGCCAGCACACGCCUUUUUGUAAUAGGCACUAGUCCACAUGCGCCAACUAAUGUCCACGUGUCAGCAUCCACAAGCUCCGCUAAUGUUUCCUGGGAACCUGGAUAUGACGGAGGCUUUGAACAGACGUUCUCGGUCUGGUACGGCCCGGUAAAGGUGAAGAAUGAUUUAGGGCCACAUGACUGGCUGUCCAUACCUGUACCCGGCUCUCAGACAUGGUUGGUGGUCCAGGGGUUGGAGCCAAAGACUGCCUAUCAAUUUAGUGUGCUGGCCCAGAACAAGCUGGGCACCGGCCCCUUCAGUGAGGUAGUCACUGUGACUACAGGAGGGUAUCCCAUAAGUACCCCUGAACCACUGGUGCUUCUAACUCCACCACGGUGCCUCACAGCCAACCGGACACAGCAGGGUGUAUUGUUGACAUGGCUUCCUCCGGCCAAUCACUCUUCACCAAUUGACCAUUACAUCAUCGAGUUCCGUCUGGGGGAAAGGUGGGAGGUUCUGGAUGACUUGAUUCCUGCCACUGAGACUGAGAUCAUAGCAAGAGAUCUUAUUCAGGACUCUUGGUAUGAAUUCCGAGCGCUAGCUGUAAUGGAUGAUCUUGUCAGUGAGAGCAGUAAUGUGGUGGGAGUGUCAAGUACAGACCCCUUCCCUCCCACAGAGAUCUCAGACGAGGGGCUGGCCAAGCCAGUGGUGGCCGGCAUCGUGGCCACCAUCUGUUUCUUGGCGGCUGCUAUCCUCUUCAGCACGCUCGCUGCAUGUUUUGUCAACAAGCAGCAUCGUCGCAAGCUUAAACGCAAACGAGACCCUCCACUAUCGAUUACGCACACAAGGAAAAGCAUCGAAUCUCCGCUGUCCUCUGGAAAGAUCAGUCCUGAGAGCAUUGCUUCCUCCCGGUCCCCAUCUCUGGCCAGCAUGGGUGGCCAUGGUCUUUACGUUAAGAAGUUGCCAAGCCCUAGGAAAGAGAAAGAGCUUUCCCUCUAUAAGAAAACCAAGAGAGCAAUAACCAGUAAGAAGUACAGCGUGUCCAAGCACGAGGCUGAGGUCACCACGCCCAUCGAGCUGAUCAGCCGUGGACCUGAUGGCCGAUUCAUCAUGGACCCCAGUGACAUCGACACGUCCCUCAAGCCACGACGCAUUGAGGGUUUUCCUUUUGUGGAGGAAUCGGACUUGUAUCCUGAGUUCCGCCAAUCAGAUGAGGAGAACGAUGACCCAGGGCCCCUACCCCCAGUCAUGGCCACCCUCAGGCCCCAGAUAUCCCCUGUGUCCUCCAGCCAGGAGUCCUACAUGCAGCCCCCAGCCUACAGCCCCCGGUUCCAGAGGCCUAUGGAAGGUAUGAGCAUCUUGGAGGGUAGUCGGCUUCAGGCCACAGGGCAGAGCCGGGCCUCCCAUUUUCACAGGGUCUUCCCUCCAGGCCCCUUCUAUGGCUAUCUAGGUAGUGGUGCUGAGGUGGAGCUUCACCCUCCUUUUUACAUGCCUGAUGUUAGUCCACGUAGCUCUGCCAUGUCCUCCUCACCUUCAUACCCCCCUGAGGGGCCGUUCCGCCAUCCCACCAUCCCAGAGGAGAGGGAGGAGCUGAGGAUCCAUCAGUAUGGUGCCCCCAGCCAUGCCCUCCCACUGGUGCAUAGCCCUCCCUCCUCUCGCUCGACCGAGAUCUGGCAGCCUCCUGACUUCCCCUUUCUAGGUCAGGAGGGUCCCCGUCUCGCUCUUCCACCACGUCAUUCAUCAUUCUAUCUCCACCGGGACCUCCCCGAGCCCCCGCCAUACCCCUCCCAUAGUCGUACUCUUAGCACCACCUCUCAGCUCCCUUCAAGCUCUGCUUUCCUCCAGCUGGAGGCCCCUAGAGCCCACCUGAGCAGAUCUCCCCGCAGGUUUCCGCCUCAGGGCCUUUCAGCCAAGCAUAUAACUAUGCAACAGGCCCAGACUCUGGGGCAGUUGAGACACACUGCCCACGGUAUGGGCGUACCAGUGUUGCCUUACUCAGGUGCCACGGCCCGCAUGGGGAGCCCCAGCACACUGCACAGUGAGAGCUCGGACGGCUGGAGGUCUGAGGCCCAGCCUUGGCUGAGCCCCAGGGCGGCACGAAGGAUGGAUCUUGGCCUGCAGCAGGUGGUCCUGCAGCCGUCACGACUCUCCCCUCUCACCCAAACCCCUCCCAGCUCACACGCCGGCUCUCCACACAUUCUCGUCCGCCCUCCUCCCCGCCCCAGCAUCCUGCGGUCUUCCCGCUCUCAAGAGAUGCCCGAGAGUGCCCGUCACCCCGCCAGUGUCUCCUUCUCCCGAAGGUCUCUCUCCUCUUCCCCUGCCACUUCACCUACCCAAGGCCAGAGCGGGCAGCGGCCCAGCCUCAGCUACCGUGCACACAUGGCCUUUGCCACAGCCGCGGCCAGCUACCCCUCUCAGUCCCCUUCACCCCCCACGGAGAGCAGUGAUGCUUUCGGCCAGAUGCCAUCUCAGAGAAGGACAGAUGAGGAGAUGCUCCCCUCAGAACCCUCUCCAGGGUAG